CCCUCACUCGAGACUGAAUUGUGAACUAGAAGAAGAUAGACCUGUUUGCUAAUGUUGCUAACUGACAAGGAAGCAGCACAGCGUGCGAACUGCUAGCAUUAUAUCCUCGGAAGAAAGGUGCCCUUGCUUGUUGUCAAAGGAAUUGCAGGCGGAUGGACUAAGUUUCGGAUUGGAAGUAGGAUAAGGACUACUUCAUCAGCUAUUUGUGAAAGCAAGAAGUGAUCUAAAAGUCUGCAGGUGCCCCCAUUCUGUGUCAGCAGUGCCAAUUAUUCAACCACCAUGUCGGAUGGACGGAUCUAUGUGGGGAAUCUUCCCUUGGAUGUCCAGGAGCGAGACGUUGAGGAUCUCUUCUACAAAUAUGGAAAAAUCCGGGACAUUGAAUUGAAGAACAAUAGAGGCACUAUCCCGUUUGCCUUUGUCCGAUUUGAAGACCCACGGGAUGCAGAUGACGCUGUCUAUGGAAGGAAUGGAUAUGGAUAUGGAGACACCAAAUUGAGAGUGGAGUACCCUCGAUCUGCUGGUGCUAAAUUUGGUCCUAUGGGUGGUGGUGGUGGAGGCGGAGGAGGAGGGGGAGGCGGAGGAGGUGGUGGAGGAGGAGAAAGAGGUGGAGGAGGACCUGGAGGACCUGGAGGACCUAGGGGAAGAUUUGGACCCCCAACAAGAAGAUCUGAAUUCCGGGUCAUGGUGACUGGAUUACCACCAACUGGGAGCUGGCAGGAUUUGAAGGAUCAUAUGCGCGAGGCAGGGGAUGUUUGUUUUGCAGAUGUGCAGCGUGAUGGAGAGGGGGUGGUAGAGUUUCUCCGUAGAGAGGACAUGGAUUACGCAUUGCGCAGACUGGAUCGGACCGAGUUUCGUUCGCAUCAGGGUGAGACUGCUUACAUCCGUGUCUACGAGGAACGAGGCACUCCCAGCUAUAACCGGUCACGUUCCCGCUCCAGAUCCAGAGGUCGCUAUUCACCUCCCUACCAUAACAGAGGUUCUCCUCCUGCUCGCUACCAGUCACCUCCUCGCCAUGGUAUGUCGCGCCAUAGUCCACCCCCCAGGAGGCACCCUCCACAGCACCAUAGCCCACCACCACGUCAUUACCGGUAAAAAGGCCCGCCAUUUAUAGAGGAAUUGGGGAAAAUGUUUUGUAAUUCUACUUUUAAAUUUUUUUAAAACCCCAGGCCUCCUCCUAAGAAAAGUCAUUGUUAUUACUACAUACAUUCCAUGUUCACGAUCACCUGAGUACCCUGCUCCUCCCCAAAGCCUUAAAGAUAAUUUGUCUUGGUUCUGUAAACAUUUGUGGUAUCGGGAUGUUGAUUUGUCUUUCUUAGUGAGGUAAUUAUAUUUGAUUAUCAUAUAACAUAUUGGAGAUUUCUUUUAUAAAGAAAUCCUGGGGUGUGAUGUCAAACCGUGACAGGAAAAUAAGCUUUAAGGCCGAAAGUCAUAUUGCUUAAUUUCUUGACAGCAUUUUCCUUAGUUUGUUUCAUCCAGUAGAUCUAAUCAUACACUUGCCAAUCUAAGAACCUGUGAAGUAAAUCAUGGUAAUCGUAUCCUACUCUGAUUCAAAUCAUGUAUCCAGUGAGCCUUUUAGAGUAGUGCCACAUGUUGUAAGUCUCACCUGUCAGAUUUCUUUUUUUAUGCGUGACCGAGGUGGCCUGUAGUUGGAUUAUAAUUUGUAUGCAUCUCUAAUGUUGUUUUUUUCUUUGAAAUAAAAUGCUAACUUUU